AUGUAUAACCUUUCUUGGGAUAAGUUUGUUGAACUCGUCAAAGAUACUUAUUGUCCACAGCAUGAGGUGGAAAAGGUGGAAACUGAUUUCCUCACUCUGGUUAUGAAAGAUCUGGAUUGUAGAUCCUAUGUUACCAGUUUUAACUCCAUGUCCCGACUCGUUCCGUAUCUGGUCACUCCAGAGCCUAAGCGCAUUGCGCGCUUCAUUGGUGGUUUAGCCCCUGAAAUCAAGGGGAAUGUCAAGGCUUCUAAGCCUACUUCUUAUAGAUCAGUUGUAGAUCUAUCCCUGUCACUUACUCUGGAUGUUAUAAGGAGUAAGUCAAAGAAAACCACUGAGGAUGGGAAGAGGAAGAGAGAGGAUGGCCAGUCCCACCAGUCAAACAAGAAGAAGAAAGGAAAUUCUUCUCAAGAAGGUGAAAAAGGGCACAUCAAAACGAACUGCCCAAAGAACACCAAGAAGCCUGAUGAGGCGAAAAAGACCAAUGCUAGGGUGUUUCAGAUGAACGCCAGGGAGGCGGUGAAUGAUGAUAAAGUUAUAACAGGUGCUGAUAAGUCGUUUGUAGACCAUAAAUUUAGUAAAUUACUGAAUCUGCCUAUUAAAACUCUAGACAUUAAAUAUGAGGUAGAACUCGCAGAUGGUAUCUUAGAAACCGCUUCAACUCUUCUUGAUGGAUGCUUUAUAUCCAUUAAGAAUCAUUCAAUUCCACUAUCUCUUUUGCCAAUGAAAUUGGCUGGGUUUGAUGUAGUUUUAGGCAUGGAUUAG